GCGAGGCCCGGCGACACCGGCGCGGACGAAGUCAGUCACCGGAGCGCGACGAAAAGUAAUUUGUACAAAAAACCAAAUUCAGCUCAUUGCGAACGGCGCGUUGUUCGUGAUGUUGUGUCUGACCGCACAAUACAUAUGUCGGUGGUCAUUGCUGCUAGCCGUUUUUUGUAACGAUCGGACUUCUAAUGCGCCGGAACAAAGUGGAUUCGCCGCCGGAGAUGGGGGUCUUCAAGUGGCUGCGGAGGGAGCGCGUGACGGUGAGCGUGAGUGCGGACGCGAUCCCACCGCAGGAGCACCCCCAGCCCACCACGCAAGUGGGCACCAUCCGCACUGAGGAGUACAAGCGGGACCUCGCCGAGUUCCAGGCCAGAAGGUCCACUGGCGCCAAGGACUGCCCGGAACUCCCAGAUACACCCACCAAGAAAUGCGGAAGAAACUCCCUCCCGUGCACUAACUGCACGACAACUAACGACAAAACCUUCGAAUACGAAAAGAAGUCCGCUCAAAAGUAUAAAAAGAAAACUCACAAACGGGCCAAAAGCGCAGCCGCAGACGAAAGGAUAUACGACGUGUUGCCCAAUAUACAGUUCCUUUUCCAAAACCAGGUGUUCAUGCCUGGCAAUGUGUACCCUACGUACUCGGAGCCUCACAGACGGCGCCACAAAGCGCACAGGUCACCAGACUUCCCAAAUCAAAAGCACAUAGACUUCAAUGAGGACCAGUCGUCUUCUCCGACGCCCUUGUUCUACAAGAACAAUUCGUUGCCGUUUGACGUGAAGCACUUUCUGGAGGCUUCUAGAAGUGACCACGAGGAGGUGGAUGGUAAAGACAGGGUAUCUAGUCACUGCUCGAUGGAGGAAGGGGGGGACGCGGGUAAAACUGACAACACUGAUGACAAGCUGUGGGAAGUGAUGAGUGAACUGAAACACUUUGACCAGUGGGCCGAUGAGCAGCUGAACGGGCAGAAUAGCAGCAAAUCCGAUGACAGUCAAAGCGACACAAGUGCGUACGGUCUGCCGAUAGCAAGCGCGAGCGACCUGGAUGUGGCAGCAGACAGGAAUCGAACCUGGAACCAGGGCACGUGGGGAGUCGUGCCUGUCCAGGUGAAGAGGCUCCAAGGUGUCUCCAUGGAAAUGGUCAGGAGGAAAAAUAAUACGGAAAUCAAUAUUUUAAGAAAAUAUCGGCAUCCGAACAUAAUUCUACUCAUGGGGCUAUAUGCAGACGUACAGAACAACAUUCACAUAAUAUGCGAGCAAUGCAUCGACUCGCUAUACGGAAUUCUUCAUAUACAGGGCCGAAUCCUUAGCGCCCAGACCGCGGUCCGCUACGCGCUGGACGUGGCCAACGCCCUGGUGUUCCUCCGCAUGCAAGGCUACAUACACACAGAGCUGACCAGCCAGAGCAUCAUGAUUACCAGCCACGAUGCCGCCAAGUUGGCAGACCUGGGACCCUGUGUCAAACUGCAGAAGGAAAAACCGAGGAGCCCCAAGGAAUAUGACUUGUAUUCUCCAGAGCCGCAGUAUGUUAAUAUUGAAGAUACCCGGCAGUCAACAACAACGGAGAGCGAGCCGUUGAUAUCAAAACACGCAUCAGAGACGUACCUAGCGCUGAACUCUGUGGCCAAAGAAUAUACACUGUACAGAGAGUCAGACCUAUACAGGUGGCACGCGCCGGAACUAUUCGAGCCAGAUGAGAUGGGCAUGGUGUAUCCUUGUGUCAAGAGCGAUGUCUAUUCUCUAUGUUUGAUACUAUGGGAGAGCUGUAAUGCGGCUGUACCAUGGAAGACACUUACAUACGAGAAGUUAAAGGAGCUAUAUACUCUAUGGAAGACGGGCAUUCGGCUACCGCAGGACGGUACCUACCCGGGUGGCUUGCUGGCUCUGCUACAGGCGGGACUCUGCCUACCCCGCAGCGAUCGACUUGACCUCACUGCUCUACACCGUACACUGCAUAGCGUCAAGUGCAAAAUUGAAGACCUGGAGUACCUAAUAAUCCCAGCUCGACUCUCUAAAAAGAAGUCGACUUUCAGUUCAGUGGCAUGGGACACUAAUUCCCCUACCGACGAAUCCGAUUGCCUCAGUCCAAUAACCCAGAACAUGCAACACAAAGCCGUGGUACAUAAAAACAAGGAUAGUUCAACAGAUACGAGCGAAAAGGAGUCUAAGAGUGACGCUAGUCCUUUGUACGAAACAAUACUCAAAGAUAAGUACACCCCAAAGUUGAACGGUUCCAAAACCUGCUAUAUUUCUGAUGAGGAAGGCGAGGAAGAAAGGCCGAUGCUAAAGUAUCAACAUUUACAAGAGCAGCAGAUUUCAAGCGCUUGCUCAACGCCAAUAGCGAAGAUACGAGCGAGGAUCAAAGACAUCGGCACCCCGGGCGCCUUACACAGAAGCGAUUCCACAGAAUACUGCAGCAUUCUAAGUCCAGAUAACCGACAUUUUGCACUCAAUGAUGAUAGCAAUAAAGACCAAAGUGUGGAAAGACCUACUGCGAAAUUAAGCAGGAGUUUCACUCCGCAAUCGUACAAGCCGUUGCAUAUUAAAGUGCCAGAUUUUAAUUUGGACUGUGUGAAGUCUAUACUUAAAGAACAAAGUGGGUGUGAGCGGUCGUCGUAUAACUUUGAUAUAAAGAACUACAGUUUGCCGAGCACGCCCAUAGCUCGAAGUAAUAAGUUAAGGAAAAACGCGUGGCUCUCAGGCGAUUUGGACACUACCGAGCGAAGUACACAUAAAUCUAAGAUUGUGAAAACUCUAAGCAAAGAAAAUUUGGAGCCAAAACGGGUACAAUCCGCCCCAGAAACUCCCGCCAUCUCGAAAAGUCCUUUUUCGGAAAAGGAGCUUAGUUCAGAUUUUUCAAAACAAACUUGUAGGGACGUGGAAACAUCGCCUGGAAGCGAUGAUGUGGACAGAGACAGCGUUACUGGACUUCGAAGAGUGGAGCCUCCCGCGGACUUCUCUCCAGAGACAGAAUACACCCGGGAACGCACCAGCUCGUGGUCUUACAAGUCCUCCCUGGAGCGGCCACGCAGCCCCGGCAAGUUCCAGAUCGAGGAGGACGUGCUGGCCAGCGUCAACGUCAAGCCGCUGGUCGCCAUCCAUGAGCGCUGGAUCUACGAGGCGAACAGGAAGACUGGCCGGUCUAUGUCUUUACCUGAGGAUAACAGGAACCACAUCCCAGCAGUAAAGCCGGCAUCACACUGCGUGGACACGCUCCAGAAGUCGCUGCCGCAGCUGAACAUGAAGCGGCCGUCAGCGAAGCCCUACCGCGCCCACCUGUCCCCCGCCGGCAGCAAGACCGGCCCCCAAUGGGAGAACUUUUGCCAAGCGAGAGAAGCAGUCGCUAAAAACAUCAACUUCGGGCCUCGAGACCCCGAACGCUUCCAGACAUGGCGCAAGGACGUCGAUAAAGAAACUACAAUGGAAGAGCCACGUAGCGAAUCAAAGAUGGACCAAGCAACGGACACAAGAAGCAUAGAAGAAUUCAUACGCGAUUUGAUUCGCAAGGAGUUCCAACAUUUGCUCCACGAAAUAUCUGACGACACGUCCAACUCUGCACCUAGAAGCGAGGAAAUACUCAACAAGGGAGUGGCUAACAUUAUGGAGAAUCUGAAUAAUGGAGAAACAGAGAAAAGGGAUUCGAUAAAGUCGUUUUCUCGCGUGAAAAUCAAUGGGAAUAACAAGCCGUUGUUGCAGAUAACGUUCACUCGUUCUGGGGAGAAUAGCUUGCAGGUGUUGGACAACUGCGUGAACGUGACUAUUUGUGACAACAACUCGAGUGGGAGGGACAAGCUUAACGUCUCUAUGGAGGAUACUCUGACAGCCGAUGAUGUGCAGGUACACUCGCUCAAGAGGUGCCAGGCUUUCAACGCUAUUCAGGAAGCACGGAGCACAGAAGACCUGUACAUAGACGACGACUUAUCAACGCAGAUGCAGGAGAACUUCGGCGGGCGCGUGAAGCUGAUCCCUUUACACGGGUCCCUGCACGAGAUACUGUGCGAGCGGGAGGACGACUGCUGCCUCGUCAAGGUCAAGCAGGAGAACGGCUGUGACACCAUCUACUUUAGGUGCGAUAACUCCGAUACAGAGUCCCGUGACGCCAUCGACGGGUGUCCACACGAGAACAGGCCGCAGGACACGGUCGUGUACAAACGCAGCAUAUCUCUAGUGGAGGAGCGUAUCCAACGCAUCUUUCCUAAAGAGAAACGCACACAGACCCCUGUACCACGACGCAAGAACCAAAACGUGGAGACCGUCAUCAAAACGCGACCCAAAUCCGAAAUAUUUCCACCAAGUAUUAAUAGUAAUAUUAGCAGUCAAACUAGAUUACUGAGUACCAGUAGCCCGUCUCUUUCCAUUAAGGCGGAGAGAAGCGACGAGGUAGAGUUGAACAUAGAGAAUGUGAUGUGUUACCAAGACUCCUCGUCAGAAGAAUGUCUGCGCUGUCAGGUGGAGAACGACGAUUUCGAGCUUCUAGAAAAGAAGAUCGAAGAGGACAUGAUCCACGGCAACGUAUCAAACCUGACUUGCGGAUGUCUCGCGAAGAUAUCCGAAGAAAACCUCUCCGUUUACGACGAAAACGUCGAAAAGUAGCGAUUCAUAGAAUGCCAUUGUUGAUUUUGUCAUUUUUGUAGAGAUACGUUGUUUCUUUUGAGAUUAGACAUUUAUUUUAUACCAAACAGUGGUUGAAUAUUAUUGUUAUUAGAGUUUAUGACUAUAUUUACAUCACAAAUGAAUAUGGUGAAGCUAAAACUUGCAACAGACCAAAUAAGAAUUUACUAUAAAAUACAUAAUAAUUUGGUAGAGGCCAAAAUAUCCAAGGUAACAAAGAGAAGUAAUUAUUGCAUAAUAUUUUUCUUAUUUUUUCGUACUUACGAGCAUUGAAUGCUACCUUAGACAAGUCAUUACAUGACACAUUCAUGACGAGUACAAAGUUGAUUAAUAUUAGUUUAUAAACUGAUUUUUUUUAUCGAAAGCUUGGUAAUGGUGCACUUUAUCCUAUAAGAGAUAGAGUGCAUUUUCGUAAACACCGAUGAUAGCAUUUGCAAACGCGCGUUAUACAGUCGAAAUAAAACUAAUUAAUAUUGAUCCCAUCCAUUAUUUCUGACACUGCGGUAUGGCACAUGCGGCGACAAAUAGCUUCUACCAUCAGACGUAGGACGUGUAUCGACAUAGACAGCAUAUGCUGCGUAUGUUGGUGGAAAACUGGAAUAGUUGUCCCAUCUUGUAUCUGGCUGGAUUCAUGGUCUAUUUGGUUAUAUCUCACUCCGAUUAUCUAUUUACAGAACCUGUUGUUGUAUUAAUAAAAUUGAUUGUUUUGAUUUCAUUUAUUUAUCAGUAUUGUUAACAUUUGUGGCUGUAAGCUGGCUGUAGCCAUAGUUACCUUGAUAAACUCCGUCCCAUAAAGACUCGCAUUUAGAAAACCCAAAGAUUGAUUUUAGGUUUUCUUUUCGCACAUGUUUAGAUUAUGUAGUUUUAAGUUUUUUUUAGUAAUGUAUGCAAGGCUAUGUGAUUUUUAGAGUUAAGUAGCACGGACCCUUCCACUGUUGUGAUUUUAGAUUUAGCUCAAGUCGAAGGCUUAUAUUGUACUUAUUUAGAUACUCACUCGAUUUUACUUAAUUUUAUCGUCACAUUGGUUUUAUUGUGCCUCAUCAUGUCUAUUCUAAUUUCUACAGUUUUUUAAUUAAUUAUAAACCAAAGGUUUUGUUUAGUUUCCUCGUUAUGUUUAUAUUUGUCUUUUCAGACUAUGAAAACAGAUUUUUAAAAUUGUACGUUUUUAAUGUAUCUCAUUUUUUAGCGAUUGUUAGGAAACGUGGUUGAUUUUAGACGUAAUUUGUUAAAAAUAAAACUUUGUACUUCUUAA